AUGCAAUCGAUGAAUACUGAUCAACAAACAUAUUAUCCUAAUUCAACAGGAACACAUCCAGCGGCAGCUGGUUAUUACAUACCGAAUGGAAUAGAACAUUUUCCCAUGACAAAUUCAAAUACAUUUGCACAAUCACAACAUAUGAGUGCACCAUUUUACAAUCCACAAGUGUCGAAUGUUUAUGGACAACAACCGUUUUAUAUGAAUCCUUAUUUACAAAGUCCACCAUUUCAUUCAACUAGUGCACGAGCACAAAAUCCAUCCUAUGUUCCUAUUAUUCGACCACCGAAUGAAACUGUUAAUGCAACACAAGGUUAUAUCCCACAUACAGCAUAUUCAGCAUAUGGAAAUAGUAAUAUACAACAAACACCACAUAUGUAUUCUCAAGCACCAUUUUAUCGUUAUCCUAUGCCACAAACAUUUCCACCACAAAAUUUUCCACAACCAAUAUCAUCAUCGCAAAUAUCUAAUCAACCACAAUCACAAUUGCAAUAUUCUACAGCUAAUAAUCAGCAAGGAACCCAAUCAUCACAAACUCAUCAAACGCAAACAUCUCAAGCGUCAUCAAUUGACCAACAACAUGGUAUAUUAUCUCAACCGUCACAUUCAAAAGAAAAACGUACAAGAAAACCCAUACCUAUUGUUGAUCCUGUUUCACAGAAAGCUUUAGAAGUAAAAGCAUUAAAUCCAACGACUUAUACAUCUUCAACUACAACAACAACAACAGUAGCAACAAAUGAUGAUAAUCAACAAAAAGAUUCAGCAACUGAUUCAACAACGAUACAUUCAAAAGUAACAGAUGAUCCAAAUAAAACAAAAACACGAGAAGUAUUUCUAAAACAAUUUGCUCGUUUAUUAGAUCCAACUGUUCAAACAGAUAAGAAUGUAAAUCAAUCAUCAACCGAUGAUUUGACUGAUGAUAAAACAACGAAAGAGAAACAAACGGAAGAUGUUGCAUCACAAUCAAGCUCAACGUCUCUAACAAAGUUGGCAACAUCAACACCAAAUGAAUUAACUGAACAACCUCAACCAGGUCAUCCGGGUGUUCCUGUUCGAAGCAUAAGUGAAGAGAAAUCAAAAAAUCAAGAUGAAAUAAAAGAUAAUGAACAAGAUGAAAUAAAACAUAAUGAACAAGAUGAAAUAAAAGAUAAUGAACAAGAUCAAAAUAAUUCUGAACAACAAAUUGAAACAAUAACAUCAACGUCUGAUGAUACAACUGAUGAUUCAACAACUCGAACUAAUGAUGAAAAUGUACGAACAGAAAAUAUCUUACCUGAUGAUUCCAAUACAACAAAUCAAUCUCCAUCUAUAACAUCAUUAUCUAAUACAGAAACUGUACAAUGUGUAACACCACCUGAAACACUAAUAUCAUCGAAUGAUAUGGAGUCUGAAUCAAUGAGUAUUGGAAAAACUUCAUCAAUAUCAAAACGACUUAGUUAUACUAAACAAGAACUUCUUAGUAAACGAACAGAUCCUAGUGCACAAAAGCGACCAAAUGCUCUUAAAUCAAUUGAUGGUGUUACUGAGCCACCUAUUAUUCGUCCACCACCAAAUAGUAUUAGUAAAGGACCACAAAUACCCUUAGAUAAACCACCAUUACAGAAUCGAAGUGAUAAUCCAUAUAUGCCAGUUGAUCGAAAUAGAAUUGAUUUAAAUAUUAAAUUUGUACGUGAUAUUACAUCAAUAUUAAAUAAAGUCACACCACAAACUUAUGAUAAAUUAUUAAAACAACUUGAUGAACUUGAACUUGAUCGUUAUGAACGUUUAGAUGGAAUGAUAACAAAUAUUUUUUCAAAAGCAGUUGAUGAACCAAAAUUUUCAUUUUUAUAUGCAAAAUUAUGUCAAUAUUUUCAACGAAAACAAGUUACUGUACCGGAUGAAAAUGGUCAAAGACUGACACAUAGUUUUCGACAAUUAUUAUUAACACGUUGUCAAAAAGAAUUUGAAAAUGAUUAUCGACAAGAAAUUGGAUAUGAAAAACGAAAAAUUGAAGUUGAAGCUAUUACAGACGAAAAAGUUCAAAAAGAAGAAUCUGAAAAAUUAGAAGAAAAUUUAGCUAAAGCUAAACGAAAAAAAUUAGGCAAUAUUUUUUUUAUUGGUGAAUUAUUCAAAUUACAAAUGUUAACAGAUACUAUUAUGUAUGAUUGUAUUGAUUACUUAUUAAAAGAUAAAACUGACGAAGAAAGUCUCGAAUGUUUAUGUAAACUUUUAAAUACUAUUGGCAAAGAACUUGAUGUUAAAACAAGUGAAAAGGCUAAUUGGAUUGCUCGUCGAGCUGAAGCGAAACCAACAACAAUUGAUGAAAUUCAUGAACAAGAACGAAUCAAACGUGAGCAACAAGAACGUGAUCAAGAACGUGACAAAGCAUUACGUCGAGAAUCGAAUCGCAAUGCCAAUAAUGCUUAUGGGGCUAAUCCACAACAAUAUACUGAGUCACGUGGUAAUCGUGGUAGUAGUACUAAACAACAAUCAAAUCGAACAGAUGACGAACAAAGUGGAAAUCGUUUUACUGUUAAUUCAGUACGACAAUUACAAUCAAAUGAUAAAAGAAAUCAAGGACCAUUACCAUUAAAUUUAGCUCCACAAGGUGCAUGGUCUAAGGGAUCAGGGGUUGAAAAGAAAUCUGAAAAUGAUCGUUCAAAUACUGUACGAAGUGGUAAACCUCCUACUGGUCCUGUUGUACAAACAAGAUCUAAAGUUGGUACAUCGAACGGUACAUCUGCUUAUCCUUUACAAUCUCAAUCAUCUCGCGAAUUCGUACGUGAAAAUUCUACGGAAUCAACAAGAAAAACAAGUGGGGCUGGAUUACCUAGUCCAAAUAAUGUUUCAGUGACAAAUUCACGUGAAGGUUCACGUAAUGUUAGUCGUGAACAACCACGUGAAGCAAAUAUUAAUGAACGAGCAUCGAAUGCUAAUACUACAGUAGUAUCAAAUAAAACAUCUACAUCAACAACAAAUAAUACUAAUCUAUCAAAAGCACCAUAUGAUGAAGAGAAAACUAUCGGACAUGUACAUUCAUUAAUUGAAGAAUAUACAGAAAAUUAUUCCGAUGAUGAUGAUCGACCUAUAAAUGAAGCCGUUGAUGAUUUAACGGAGUUUUGUACAUCAAAUGUUGAUCAACAAGCACUUAUUAUUCGAGAAUUAUUUACGAAUGUAUUAGAAGCUAAAUCACGUGCACGUAAAGCUAUUGGACAUUUACUUGAUAUAGUACUUCAUAAAAAUAUUAUAUCUGAAGAAGCAUUUCUAUCUGGUUUUAAAAUGGUUAUUGAAUUAGUUCCAGAUUUUGCAGUAGAUAUUCCUCUUAUUUGGCAAUAUAUUGGUGAAAUUCUUGGUGCAUUUAUUGGUGGUCCAACAUCGAAUAUGUUAUGCUUAAAAUCUCUUUUACAAUUAGUACCCGAUGAAAAAUGUAAACAAUUAUUUCAAUAUAUUAUUCGCUAUGCCGUUGAACUUUCUUCGAAGUCACGUAUACAAAGAUUUUGGCAAUCAUCCGGUUUUUCAUUAAAUGAUUUAUUUAAAUCAGAUUCUCUUGAUUCUUCAUUUAUUAAUGAAUAUAGUUGGUUAUCUGAAACAACCGGAUCAGAACCAACAACACCAUUAUCAACACCAACACCAACAACGACAUCAUUAGUAAAAGAAAAUCUUGUACCACGCGCUGAUGUGCAACUAAUUAAAUUAUUUAAAUCUGUUAAUGAUCAAGGUACCAUGGUCACUGAUACAGAAAUUAUUACAUAUAUUCAAACACAUAUGAGUUCAAAAGAUAAAUUUUAUAUUCGUAAUAUUGUUUUAUCUUAUUUGGAAGCAUGUUUGAUAAAUCGUGAACCACAAAAAAAGAUUCAAGAAGAUAUUGCAAAAAAUCGAAUGACUGUUCUUAAGAAAAUUAUUGAACAUAAACCAGAUGCUGAAAUUCAAGCUGUUUAUGCUAUACAAAAUUUUGUUAAUAAACUUGAACAUCCACCAAAAAUGGCUCAAUUGUUGUUUGAUAUUUUCUAUGAUGAAGAAUGUGUAAGUGAAGAUGCAUUUUUUGAAUGGCUUAGACAUCCGGAUCAAUCUGAAACUGAAGGACAUUCUGUUGUUGAAAUAUCAACAAAGGAUUUUUUUACUUGGUUAGAACAAGCCGAAACUGAAAUCGAAGAAGGUGAAGAAGAAGAAGAAAGUUAA